AUGCAAGCUCUUGACACAAACACUUUCAGUUUUGGUGCAUCUGUUGCUCCCAGACGAACUAUAUUCAGGUCAAGGAAAGCUAGUGCAUCUGCCACUGAUACAUCCUUUAGCUUCGGGCCAGCACAAGUUUCUGAUUCUGAUUCAAACAUUCCAAAAACCCCGUCCAGCAGUUUUCUUCCCGGAUUUGGUGUUGGUUACUUCCCUGGAUCUUCCUUAUCUACACCAGUUUGUGGUUCAGUUUCUGCUGCUCUCAAGACAACAGGCAGAAACUACUAUGUCGCCGAGCUAUUCUUCUUCAUCGUCCGCUACAUUUAG